AUAAUGAUAGUCAAAUACUAUAACAAUCCCAUCCCUCUCUCUCUCUCUCUGUCUCUGGAAUUCUCUGUGCUCCAAAAACAGCAAUGUCUUCUUCAGUCUCAUCCUCUCUUCGAUUAUUCACCACCAAACUCCCAAGACCUCUUCUUUGUCCCAAAACCUUAAUCCCCUCUAAACCCCAUAACCUCUCUUUCUUUAAACCCAUCUCUUUUCAAAGACUCCCCACUACCCCAUCAUCAUCACCAUCACCAUCGCCAUCAGUAUCAGCAUCGAGCUCUGUGCCUCUGCAACCCAUAGAAGAACUGCCACCUAAGCUCCAAGAGAUUGUCAAGCUGUUCCAGUCCGUGCAAGAGCCAAAGGCCAAGUACGAGCAGCUCUUGUUUUACGGUAAAAACCUUAAACCCCUCGAAACCCAGUUCAAAACUAAGGAUAACAAGGUCGAAGGUUGUGUCUCUCAGGUCUGGGUCAGGGCCUAUUUGGACUCGGAUAAUAAUGUUGUUUUCGAGGCUGAUUCUGACUCGGUUCUCACAAAGGGACUCGCUGCGCUACUUGUUAACGGGCUAUCGGGUCGACCCGUUAAUGAGGUUAUUCGGGUCUCACCGGAUUUCGCGGUGCUUCUUGGGCUUCAGCAGAGUCUCACUCCUUCGAGGAAUAAUGGGUUCUUGAAUAUGUUGAGGUUGAUGCAGAAGAAGGCGCUUCAGUUGGCAGUGGAAGCCGAAAAGGGCGAGAAUUCGGGGUUGAAAAUGGAUGGCAGUGUUAAAAAUGUGAACUUUGGAUCGAAUUCUGAUCUGGGUGUUGAAGAAACUCCGGUUGGGGUAUCGAAUUCGGGGUUGAAAGUAGAUAGCAGAGAUGGAAAUGUGAAUGUUGAAUUGGAUUCUGAGGUAGGUGGAGAAAGAAACCCGGUUCAGAGUUCGAAUUCAGGUGGUUUGGGGAGUAGAGGGACGAGAAUAAAGGAGAAAUUGGAGAGGGAGCUUAGUCCGGUGGCCAUAGAUGUGGAAGAUAUCUCUUAUCAGCAUGCCGGGCAUGCUGGUGUUAGAGGAAGUGAUGGGGAGACACAUUUUAAUGUAAAAGUUGUGUCUAAGGAGUUUGAAGGGAAAAGUUUGGUUAAGAGGCAUAGGCUUGUUUAUGGUUUGUUGCAAGAUGAGUUACAGAGUGGACUACACGCAUUGUCCAUUGUGGCAAAGACACCUUCUGAGGUUAAUGGAAGUUGAAGUGUAUUGAUGACUUAUAAGAUGAGGUUCAAUUUUUUCUUUCUUUGUUUAUUUUAUUUCAUUUUAUAGAAAGUUACUAGUGAUGAUUAUUGGUCCAGAUUGUCAGAAACAUUGUAUUAUGAAUGAUUAGUUAGAAAUAAUGUUGAAUUUUGAGAGUUUUGUGUCUUGAA